AUGAAGGACAUUAUCAAUGGUUCUGGUGUUACGACACCCUUCAUGACCGCAUGGAAUGUUGAAUCGCAGAUUCAUCUUAUCAUCGGAGCUAGUCCGUUAGCUGCCGCGAGGUGCACAAAGAGUAUUGAGGCCGGCGCUAAACCAGUCGUUAUUGCGCCGGAGACUGCGGAUAUUCAUUUUACGCUGGCUGAGCACGUUGCCAAUGGCGCGGUCCAGCUAUUACGUCGUGAUUUCCAGGAUGAUGACUUGACUACCCUGGGAAGGGAGGAAGUUGAUCGGGUUGUAGACGCGGUCUUUGUUACGUUGGGUGGCAACCUUGAACUGAGUACCCAUAUUUCAAAGCUUUGCCGGAGGCUUCGAAUCCCAGUCAAUGUGUCUGAUGCUCCUUCUUUGUGCUCGUUCACCUUACUGUCUACUUACUCAGAUGGACCACUUCACAUUGGCAUCACAACCUCUGGUCGUGGAUGCAAACUUGCGUCUCGCUUGAGGAGAGAAAUCGCUGCUUUUCUGCCAACCAACCUUGGGUCUGCCAUUGACCGGCUUGGUGCCAUGCGAUGCAGGCUUUGGGAAGAAGACCACGCCGCAGGACUGACCGAUGCUGCCUUCGAAGGCGAUGAUGACGAUACGACUGGCCAGAAGCAUACUUUCAAUACGCUGGUCACAGAAGAUGAUGUCGCAGCAGCAAAGACACGGCGAACGCGCUGGUUAUCGCAAAUCUGUGAAUACUGGCCUCUUCGGAAACUUGUAUCUAUCACUGAUGGCGACAUUGACCAAAUCCUACAAGCCUAUUCAUCGGGCAACACCACACAAGAGACGCCUGAAUCCAAUGUGGUCUCCAGAAAGGGCACAAUUAUCCUUGCCGGCUCAGGUCCAGGCCACCCGGAUCUACUCACCCGUGCCACAUAUAAGGCCAUUCAAAAUGCCGACAUCAUUCUUGCAGACAAACUCGUUCCCGCCCCAGUCCUGGACAUGAUCCCACGCAGGACAGAAGUUCACAUCGCCCGCAAGUUCCCUGGAAAUGCCGACCAGGCUCAAGAAGAGUUCUUGCAGAUGGGUCUUGCCUCCCUGCGAAAGGGACAACAAGUCCUCCGACUCAAGCAAGGAGACCCAUAUCUAUACGGUCGCGGAGCCGAAGAAUUCGAGUUCUUCCGCGCCGAGGGCUACACCCCCAUUGUCCUUCCCGGCAUUACCAGCGCCAUGAGCGCUUCUCUCUUCGCAGAUAUCCCAGCAACCCACCGAGGCGUAGCAGACCAGGUUUUGAUCUGCACAGGAACCGGUCGGAAGGGCGCUGCUCCAAACCCUCCCGCCUACGUACCUACUCAGACAGUCGUCUUCCUGAUGGCUCUCCACCGACUAUCCGCCCUCAUCGAAUCCCUAACUACAUACCCCGUGGACGGCUCAACACAGUCACGCGCACUAUGGCCCAAAGAGACACCCUGUGCAAUUGUUGAGCGGGCAUCUUGUCCUGACCAGCGUGUCGUCCGCUCGACAUUAGAAAAUAUCUGUCAAGCAUUUGAAGCGGCCGGUUCCCGACCACCCGGUUUGUUGGUUGUCGGUGCUAGCUGCCACGUUUUGCACAGUCCCGAUGGACAGAAAUGGGCCAUUGAGGAGGGAUUUAGUGGGUUGGAUGGGCUGCAUGGGGAGGUGGAUGCCGUGACAGUUGCGUUGAAUGAGACUGAGAAGUGA